CCGGCUUCCCCUUUGAGUCAUGUGUUGGGCAAGGCCGGGCUUUUGGUGGCCAGAGUGCCGCGGUGUCCCCUGCCCGUGCGCAGGAGUCUGAUGUCACCCUCAGGUCCCUGUCCCUGAUAUAAGUCCUGGCCAGGCUGGUGCAUGGGCAUAGGGUCUCUGCGUCAGCCGGGCAUCCCACAGCCAUGUCCUCUGCUCCAGCCUUCAGGACCUGGCACCGUCCCCGAGGCACACCAGUUGUGGCAUGGCUCUGCCUCCUGCUCCUGCUGUCCGCCUUCAUGCCCGCCACCAGCACCAACCCUGGCAUCAAGGCCCGGCUGACCCGGAGGGCGCUGGAGUUUGGCUGGCAGUUUGGGCUGGAGAUGCUCCAGUCAUUGCUGCAGAAGGAGCACGAGCUGAAUCUGAGGGGCAGCUAUGACAGCCCGCUCCUAGGGACACUCACGUACACUGUGCCCCGGAUCCACAUCCAUGAGCUGCAGAUAAACGAUUCCACCGUGGACUUUGUGGAGGAUGUGGGGGUGAGGCUGAAGGUGCAGCAUGCCCGCAUCCAGCUCAGCGCUGACUGGGGAGCCCAGCUGGGCGCCAUCCAGGACAGGGGCUCCAUCGAGCUCCGUAUAGGUGACCUGGCCGCAGUGGUGGUGCUGGGGGUGAGCGCGGACAGCAGCGGCCGCCCCAUGGUGUGGAACACCGGCUGUGAUGCCCGCAGCACUGACCUGCACGUGGAAUUUCACUGUGGACACAGCUGGCUCUACAACCUGCUGGCACCGCUGCUCCAGAGACCCCUGCAGCAGGAGCUGAACAAGCGGCUCUGUGUCGAGCUUCACAGGGGCAUCCGCAAGCUGGAGGCUGUCCUGAAGCACAUGAGAGUGUCCACCCAGCUGGACUCCUUUGCCGCCAUUGACCACUCCCUGCUGGGGCAGCCGGCCAUCACCACAGAGCAUGGGGACGUCGCCCUCAAGGGGGAGUUCUUCAGGGUGGGCAAAUACCAGCCGAGACCCUCCUCAGCACUGCCUGUAGCGCUGCCCAUGGCCCUGCCUGCGGUGCCUGAGCCGAUGCUGCUGCUGGCCGUCACCGAAUUUGUCGCCAACUCGGCCGCCUUCGUGUACUUCACAGCCGGGGCCCUGCGUAGGAACAUCUCUAGUGACAUGCUCCCGCGACGGUUCCCGCUCCAGCUGAAGACCAAAAGCAUGGGAGUCUUCUCCCCACAGCUGCAGGAGCGCUACCCAGACCAGCCCAUGGAGCUGCACCUCUCGGCCCGCCGGCAGCCCCUGCUCUCCUGCCGCCCCGACGCUCUGCAUGGGGCCCUCUUCGGCUCUGCUGAGGCCUUUGUGGUGCUGCCCAACGCCACCCGUGUCCCUGUUUUUCUGCUGAACAUCGAUGCCAAUGUGACAGGGAAGCUGACCAUCACCGGGAACAGGCUCGGGGGCACCGUGAGCCUGACGGGGCUCAGCGUAGCACAGGUGACAUCGCACGUGGGCCCAGUGGAGGUGAAGAAGCUGGAGACCCUGCUGAAGUUUGGGCUGUGGCUUUUUGGGGUGCCCUGGGCAAACAAGCGUCUCCGAGCCGGCGUCCCCCUGCCUGCCCCCCCCGGCCUCAGCCUGCUCAGCCCCCGGCUCUCGCUGCAGGAGGGCUUCGUGCUCCUCGCCACGGACCUACAGUAUGAGCGGUGAGACCAGCUGCCCCGUGGGAACGCGCCAGCCUCCUGCAAGCCGUGUCCCUGUCACCGCUGCCAUCCCACUGGCAGCCAGGGCAGAGCGGAUGCCAUCAUGGCCCCGUGGCCAGCAGAGCCUCCCGGCCGCGGGCCCCCCGCCCCCCGCUUGCUGGGGGUUCCUCGGCAGGGAUUAAAGCUGGGAGCAUGGCUCAGCCGGCUGUGGGGUUGUGGUGUCUCGGGAGGGCCCCGCAGCCAGGUCCCCCGUGUCCUCUGUGCUGGAACAUCGCCAUGUCCCCGCUGCGU